CGCUUUUUUUUUCCAAAGCCAAACAACUCAUUGCCAAAAGUGAUUUUGACAAAAAAAAAGAUAACAAGUUUGGCCAAACAAGCUAUUAAUCCACCUGACAUAUAUCGGUCCCAAGAAUUGUUUGUAUAAUUUUCCUUCUUUACCCAUUUGGUUUUGAGUUGAGUAUUCUUGAUUUCACAUUCUAGCUGCCUGGGUUUUCUUUCGCUUUUUCUCCCGGGCUUAUAACACAGAAACACAAAGGUUACCUUGGUCUUAUUUGUACGAGUCUAUUGUUGUUGGGGGGCCAUUUUUUUCUGGGUUCAAUUCGACUGAAUUCUGGUCCUCUCCACUAUUUAGUUUUUUUUUUUUUUUUAGUAACUGAUCACCGGUUAUUUGCUCCAAGACUCUGUGGGCAGCUUAUUCAGCUUAAAUCAUCAGGAUGACUUCAAAAGUUGGCGUGGGUUCGCCAUCUGUUGAAGAAGCUAGCGGUGGAGGAAAUACCAGAGGAGGUGUCCCACUGAAAAAAGGUCCUUGGACUAAAGAAGAAGACGCGGUUUUGAUGGAUUACAUCAGAAAACAUGGGGAAGGGAAUUGGAGUGCCGUCCAGAAGCACUCAGGACUUGCUCGUUGUGGGAAAAGUUGCCGUUUGCGCUGGGCAAAUCACCUAAGACCAGAUUUAAAGAAAGGUGCUUUAACUCCAGAGGAAGUGCGUCGCAUAAAUGAACUGCAUGCUAAGAUGGGAAACAAAUGGGCACAAAUAGCUGCUAAGUUGCCAGGUCGCACAGAUAAUGAGAUAAAGAACUACUGGAAUACCAGAAUAAAGAAACAACGGCGUGUAGGCUUGCAAAUAUAUCCUCCGGAUAUUUGUUUCCAGGCAUUUAGUGAGAACAAACAAAAUAAUGAGCUGGGAAUUUUCUCCUCUGCAAAUUCACAUCCUGAUUUCUUGCCUAUUAACGAUUUUGAGAUUCCAACUGUGGAAUUCAAAAAAUUGGAACCUAGUCAGCAGCUGUAUCCUUGGGCACUUGUUAAUAUUGCUGCUAGUAGCUUUUUUGAUAUUCCUGCAACUAGCCUGCUGGCUCAGGCUCUUAGUUCUUCUAAUACUUGUUCUGGCCUCUCAACAAUGCAUCCAUCCAAGCGUAUACGAGGAUCAGAAUCUUGGUUCUUUGGUAUGACUGAUAAUCUUUUUCAAGCUUGCCAUCAAUAUCAAAAUAAUGGUUCUUUGUUUGCUCAAUCCUUGGGGUUUUCCUCGUCAUAUACACAUAAUCUGACAUCUGAUAAUCACCCAUCAUUCUCCGGUGAAAUUCCUGGCAGCCAUGCCCCUUUAAAUGGCAACUCUUCUUCUUCAGAGCCCAAAUGGGCUAAGAAGCUGGAGCUCCCUUCACUCCAAAUUCAGAUGGCAAAUUGGGGUUCACCUUCCCCACUUCCUUCACUUGAGUCCUUCGAUACUUUGAUUCAAUACCCUCCAAAUGAGCAUGCUGAUUCGGGCAGUCUGUCACCUCGGAACAGUGGUCUAUUGGACGCUGUACUUUAUGAAUCACAAACAUCCAAAGCUUCAAAGCAUAAUUCACAUCAGGAGACUUCUUGUGAUGUAGUGGAUGAUUCAUGUCCUGAUCUCCAAGAGACACAGUGGGGAACUUACAGUAACCCAAUCUCUCCUUUAGGACAUUCUGCUGCAUCAGUGUUGAGUGAAUAUACCCCUACGGAGGUUCAUUGGAUGAGCCCCCCAGUCAAUAGCGAUGGUGGCUGGUGAGAAUGGUUAUCGAUUUGACUUAUCAGAAUUAUCUGCAGAGUUGAACGUGUACAACUGUUUAUGUCAUUAGAUUUCUCUAUGAUUUUGAAUGAUUCAAGGUUAAGCAGAAGAAGGUUGAGUUAGUUAUCAAACCACCCGUUGUAUUCCAGGAUGGAUUCGUGCUUUGCUCUCCUUGUCCCACAACAGAACAGGGGUAAGAACCAUAUGGAAUUAAGAUAUGCUUUCGGGUCUGUUCUUUUUUUUUUUUUUUUUAAUGAUUACAGCAGGGACUCCAUCAAAUGGUAAGUACCACAUAAUCUGGUUGUGGACUUGGUUCUUCUGCGGGAUGCUGUGUCCACUGUCUAGUCAAUAACCAUUAACCUCAAUGAGAGUACGGUACUUCUAAUGUGCUACCAACACCAUUUUGAUAAAAAUGUAAUUUUCACAGCUGAAACGACUAUACAAGACAAUGUAAUAUUUUGCAUCCAAUGGAGUUGCAUACCGUUUGUGGAAAUCAACUGAAAACACGAAUUCUUCUA